ACACACACGUUUCCACCAUACGAGGGCGCUGCUCACACUCCGUUAGCGCAUAUCCCAACACAGUCGGUUUGUUUACUUGACGCAUUUAGUUAGAAAAUAGCCAAUAUAGCUUAUAGUGAGUAUUGACACUUACAGCAGUGAAGUCGUGGAUCCAGCAGAGAAACUGAGAAAGCUGAGGUGGUUUCGGUGACUCUAAGCUGACGGGGUGACACUCCUCGACGGAAUAGCAACAGAAUGUCUUUCAUAUUUGAUUGGAUCUACAGAGGAUUCAAUAGUGUACUGCAAAUAUUAGGACUGUAUAAAAAGACCGGAAAGCUGGUUUUCCUUGGAUUAGACAAUGCAGGAAAAACAACAUUAUUGCAUAUGCUUAAGGAUGAUCGACUUGGGCAGCAUGUGCCAACGCUUCAUCCAACUUCAGAAGAGUUGACCAUUGCUGGGAUGACUUUCACUACGUUUGACCUGGGUGGACAUGCACAAGCAAGAAGAGUUUGGAAGAAUUACUUACCAGCCAUAAAUGGAAUAGUCUACCUUGUGGAUUGUGCUGACCAUGACCGCCUACAUGAGGCUAAAAUCGAACUAGAUGCCCUGCUAACUGAUGAGACCAUAUCUGAUGUGCCAAUCCUUAUUUUGGGAAAUAAAAUUGAUCGACCUGAGGCAAUAAGUGAAGAUGUACUGCGAGGAACCUUUGGCCUACAUGGACAUACUACUGGGAAGGGGAGUGUGUCACUGAAAGAGCUGAACAUGAGGCCAAUGGAAGUUUUCAUGUGCAGCGUGUUAAAAAGACAAGGAUACGGAGAUGGUUUCCGAUGGCUUUCUCAAUAUAUUGACUAAUUGGUUAAGACUAAACAGCCUCUCCAAACCACUUGGCCCUAUUUAUUGAAGGUUUGAAUCAGGAGUAAAGAACUAUUUAAAAUGGAAUGAAAACUGACAAUUUUUCUGGUAGUAGUAUUUUUUUUAAUUGUGCCAAAUAUAAAACAUGCUCCUUAAAGACAUUUGUGUACUCUCAAAUGACAGAGACUAAUAACUGAUUGUAUCAUUUCUCCUUUUAAAGUUUAAACAAUCUGUAUGGUACAUAUUGAGUCAGGAGUAUUUGAGGAUAAAUUGCAUUCAGGGUUUGUUGGGUCUACAUUACAUACCCUUUCUGUUACAUACACUUUCAGAUAAAAAUGUAUUGUACAUGUUUGUUUGUUUUUUUUUAAAUGGGAAAAGUGGAUGAUAUGGAAAUAAACCAACAGAUAUAUGAAAUAUGGUGCAAUAACGAGACCUAUGUAGCUUGCAUAUACUUUAUUUUUAUUUUUAAACACUUAACACCUGUGUGCCUUAAUGAGUGUGGUGUGGUAUCAACAACUGAUUGGUACAUGUAAUUACACACACACACACACACACACACACACACACACACACACACACACAUAUAUAUAUAUAUAUAUAUAUAUAUAUAUAUAUAUAUAUAUAUAUAUAUGUGUGUGUGUGUGUGUGUGUGUGUGUGUGUGUAUGUGUGUAUGUAUAUUAGAAUGUAAUUUUUAUUUUAGGGCCACACUAUUGUAGAUGCGAUAUAUGAUUCUUAAAAUUCAUACUCUAUUUCUGCAACAAGUACCUUUUGACCUUCAGCUACAAUUGACAUGCAGUGAUGAACAAGAGUGCAUGAACAGCACAACAACAAAUGUUUAGAGAAAGAGCACUUGUGCAAUACAGACUGUCAUGUUAAGUCACUUUCGCAUGUGUAAAUAGAACUGCUUUCAAACAUCAUUUUUAAAUGUGGCUUAAAAAAAACAAAAACCUUAAUAAGACAAUUUUCAAGGCUUAUUUUGGAGCAGACAAAAAUAAAAGUGAAUAUUUUCAAUUCUA